UCACUUACAUUUGCCUUGCUUGAUGUUUUCCGCUACCAAAACCAAACAUGGAGCUCUCACUCUUUCCUCUUUUCUGUUCAAGCACUUCACACCAUUCUCACCUUUCUCCUCCAAACCCAACUCAAAUCCCACACCUAAUCAGAUUGCCACCAUCCCCAAAACCCCCGCUUCACACGUUUCAGACCCACCAGCUGCUUCUGCCGUGGCUUCACUCUGCUCUCUCCUCUCUAACCAAACCGCCACUGUCGAUAGUUUGUUGGGUGGUUUCAGACAACAUCUGAGUUCGCAACUGGUGCUUCAGAUACUCAUGAACUACAAGCAGCUGGGGAGGAGAAGGACUCUGGAGUUCUUCACUUGGGCCGGGUUUCGAAUGCACUUUCAGUUUGAUGACUUCGUGGUCGAGUACAUGGCUGAUUUCCUAGCUAGGAGGAAGCUAUUUGAUGACGUCAAGUGUCUGUUACUGACAGUUUCAUUGCACAAGGGCCGUGUUUCGUGUCGAGCAGUUGCGACUUGUAUUAGGUUUUUGGGUAGGGAGGGGAGGAUUAAGGAGGCACUUUGUGUGUUUGAGGAAAUGGAAUCUAGAUUUGGGUGUAGGCCUGAUAAUCUUGUGUACAAUAAUGUGCUUUACGUGCUUUGUAAGGAGGAAUCAUCUGGGCAUUUCAUUGAUUUUGCUCUUGCUGUUUUUCGGAGGAUUGAAUCGCCUGAUGUGUAUUCUUAUAGUAAUAUGCUUGUUGGUUUGUGUAAGUUUCGUAGGUUUGAGGUUGCUGUUGAGGUUUUUGGUGAAAUGUGUAGGGCUGGUGUGGUUCCUACUAGGUCUGCAGUGAAUGUUCUUGUUGGAGAGUUGUGUUUGUUGAGUGCGAAAGAAGCGGCUGUUGCUAGAGUGAGGGUGAAAAAUGUGCGUAGGCCGUUUAAGAUUUUGGUUCCAAAUGUGCAUGAGAAGAGUGGUGCUAUUCAGCCAGCAGUUGGAGUGUUUUGGGAAGUUUAUAAGUUAGGCUUGUUGCCUAGUACUUUUGUGAUAAUCCGGCUUCUAUCGGUGCUUUCCCAAUUGGGGAAAACUGAAGAGGCUGUUCGGGUCUUGAAGGCUGUUGAGGGGAGGAAACUGAGUUGUGUUGAGGAGGGCUACUGUAUUGUGAUGAAGGGUUUGUGUGAACAUUGUUGUGUUGAGGACGCUAGUCAUUUGUUUGGGAGGAUGCUCUCUCAGGGCAUGAAGCCAAAGAUCACUAUUUAUAAUUCUAUUAUUUGCAUGCUUUGCAAACUAGGGAAUUUGGAUGAUGCUGAAAAUGUUUUUAAGAUAAUGAACAAGAUGCGAUGUCUUCCAGACAGUUGUACUUAUUCUGCAUUGGUCCAUGCUUAUUGCGAAGCUGGAAAAUGGAAAGCUGCUUAUGACUUGAUGAUAGAAAUGCUUGGAUUGGGUUGCUCUGCGCCUUUUCACACUUAUAGCUUAGUGAAUAAACUUUUGAGGGAAAACAAUCGAAUGGAUUUGUGUUUCAAAUUGGAAAGGAAGUUGGAAACCCAGAUCUUGGAGAAGCUAUGCAAAGAUGGUCGAUUAGAGGAUGCGUAUGAGAAGAUGAAAUCAAUGAUUGAAAAGGGAUUUUACCCACCAGUGUAUGCAAGAGAUGCAUUUAAGAAUGCAUUUCGAAAGUGUGGAAAACUAAAUGAAGCUCAGGAUUUGUUACAGACGAUACAUGAAAUGGACCACAAUGAGGAGAAACAACUUACCGUCAAUGAACCUAUUGAGAAGAAUGUCAAGAAGCAAUUAUGCAGAUAAUUAGAUUUGAUCACUGGGAACAAGGACUGGACUCAAGUUUCAUGAAAAGAGCAUGGAAAUAACCUACCAGGAAAGAUGCAUCUUUCUGUGUUGGAAGUUGCCUGGCAUGUACCUGCUGUAUGUUGAGUGUUUGGUACAUUGCCAUAGAUCACUAUCAUGACCAAAAGUUGUUGUCAUCAAUGUGAGAAAUCAAACAUUCAGGUUUUUGUUCAGAUUCUUGUCACCUUGUGGUAUAGUAGUGUACAAUCUGGAGUUGCAGUCUUCUGCUAUCAAUUGAUUAGUAAAUCAGAAAUUACAGCAUCUUAUGGACUCCAUGUCAGCUUGAAUUUGAAAGAUUAUAAGAUGGUAAGAGAGUGGAAAAAACUAAAAGAUGUUAUUUGAAUACCUUUAAAGAAGGAGAACAAAGUGAACAGUUGGGGAUAUGGUCAGGGCAAGAGGACGAGAGGGCGUAUUGAUUGGCAUUUGCAGUGCUUCAGUGCGCUCCAUAGACGCAUAUGAGGAGCUUGAUGAAAGGUAAAGAUUUGUUAGUGGCUGCCCGAGGGAGGCACUGAAAGUUAAGUGAAGGGAGUACGUUAUCAGAUUGGCACAGGGGAGAAGGUGUCUGUAUGUGAUGACCCCUGGAUCCCAAGAUCCUACACCUUCUAGAGCUGUGGAAGGUUCGGAGAAUCUUAAGGUGGCUGAAUUGAUUGAUCCAGAUACCUCAGAGUGGAUGGUUGACUGGUUACAGGAGUUGUUUUUUGAAAAAGAGUUUGACGUGAUUUGCACGAUUCCCAUUAGUUUUCGUAAUCCUGAUGAUCGCUUUAUCUGGCAUUUUGAUAGACAUGGCUGUUUUUAAUUAAGUCAGGAGUGGAUAUCAUAUUGCCAGGUGUUUGAAAGCAGAUCAGUCCCAGGGCUCUACAUCAAGCCUGAACAAUGGCAAUGAUAUGUGGAAGAAAAUUUGGGGAGGGUUAAGGUGAUGCCGAAGGUGAGAGAUUUUGUGUGGAGGUUAGUACGUAAUAUUGUUCCCACUAGAACUCUACUGGAUAAGAGAGUUCAAUUGACAGAUUGAAGUUGUCCCUUCUGUAAGGGUGAGGAGGAAUCUGUUGUGCAUUUAAUUAAGGAGUGUGAUAUUACAGCUUGUAUGUGGCUUGGUAGCAUGCUGGGUUUACGCGCUCAGAGCCAUAGUUCAACGAAUAUGGUGGACUGAAUUGCUGCUACAAUGGAUUUGCUUACACCCCAGCAGAUUGAAUGUUUUUUUAUGAUGUUAUGGGCCAUUUGGGAGGAGAGGUAUAAUGUUGUAUGGAACAACAAGAUGGUGGAUCGUGCUGGUGUGGGGAUUAGGGCUGCGAAGCUUCAGUCCGAUUAUAUAAUACAGUCCAUCCAGUAUUUCCAAGAGUAGUGGGCACACGUGGGGUUGUGAAGUGGGAAGCCCCUCCACGAGGGAGACUCAAGCUCCAGCUCAAUUUCGAUGGAGCUUUUAGGGAUAGUGGGACUGGUGGUGCCGGCAUAGUUGUUCCUGAUGAGGAGGGAGAAGUAGUUGGUGUGUGGUCUAAGCAGAUGCCUCAUUUGAGUUCGGCUUUGCAUGCCAAAGCCAUUGCGUGCUUUCAACUAAAUAAAACAUAUGUAACAAAAAAUUGAUCACAAGGAAGAGGCAUCGAGUUUUGCUUGAGGGAAGAUCUAGCUGCAUCAACCAUGACUUGAAGAAACGGUUUCAACCUUGUCAAGGAGCCCACAUAAACAAAUGUAGUGAAUUCAAUAUCCCGUCGUAGGAUUAAACAGCUCUAGCUAUCUCAAAAUGGCUUCAAAAUCAAUGUCAAUGAUGAGACGUUCAGAACUCUCCGUAUCGCUGUGGUUGACCACAUCUAUAUAUUCAUGAUCCACUGAGAUGAUAGAAGAUAGAACUGUCAGAAUGUCUGAAUUUAAUUUCCACAAUCGAUCCUCAAUAAAUUUAGCAUAGGGUACUAUCCUAGAA